GCUCGAAUGAAGAGAAGAAUCUAUUUAAAGCGUACCGUAUCGACUGCAAACACUUCAACUUCGAAACAACCCAAACCCUUUGAGAUUUCCCAAGAUCGAUUCAAAGAAAGCAGUUAGGACUGUUCAAGCUAUGGCCUCGAAAAGGAUUAACAAGGAGCUUAGGGACCUGCAAAGGGAUCCUCCAGUCUCAUGCAGUGCUGGUCCUGUGGGAGAUGAUAUGUUCCACUGGCAAGCAACUAUUAUGGGUCCAUCUGAUAGCCCUUUUGCCGGAGGUGUGUUUCUUGUUUCCAUCCACUUCCCGCCAGAUUACCCCUUCAAGCCACCAAAGGUUUCUUUCCGCACAAAGGUUUAUCACCCGAACAUCAACAGCAAUGGCAGCAUCUGUCUUGACAUUCUUAAAGAGCAGUGGAGCCCUGCGCUUACCGUAUCCAAGGUUUCUCUCCUCACUAAGGUUUAUCACCCGAACAUCAACAGCGAUGAUGGGAGCAUCUGGAUUGACAUUCUGAGACAUAAUUGGAGCCCUGCACUUACUUUAUCCAAGGUUCUUCUGUCUAUAUGCUCAUUGUUGACAGAUCCAAACCCUGAUGAUCCUCUGGUUCCAGAAAUAGCUCAUAUAUACAUGACAGACCGAGCCAAGUACGAGACCACUGCCCGUACCUGGACCCAGAUGUAUGCAAUGGACUGAGCGGGGAUUGGCAAUAAUGAUCUGUGACAGUAACAUUGCGCCUUGUCUAAGAAGAGAAAGAAAAAAAGGAAAAAAAAAACUGAAUGGGGCUUUUGCUUUAAUAGUUUUUAAUAUCAUAAGCCAUGUGUUGUGGGUGUGUACAUGAGCUUUUUACUAUGCCUUGUUAAGAUAUU